AUGGAUCAACCUUUGUCGACGACCGAUAUACCUAAAGAGUUCCUCAGGGCCUGUUGCAUGGUGGGCCAUGUUCCACUGAGGGCCUUGGCCUGGGAUCCACGCGUUUCCUACGCGCUCUACAUACCUCCGAGUCGAUUCGAUGCCGAUCCUAACCCGACCAAGCUUCACCUGCUAGUCUGGGUUCAUGGCACAGGCAGGGAAUGGAAUACACUAUUCGAAAAUGAAAUGGUUUCUUUUGCCGAUCAAAUGCCAUGUGCAAUUCUCGCCCCACUGUUUCCUGCCGGUUUGGAUGGUCCAAAUGAUUUGGAUUCGUACAAAACAUUGCACUCAUCCUCGCUUCAGUCUGCUCAGGCUCUACUGGAAAUCCUUGAUGAGGUUGCAGCUCGCUGGCCCGGAAUUCAGACAGACAAAGUUUUCCUUAAAGGUUUCUCUGGCGGCGGCCAAUUUGCUCACAGAUUUCUUUACCUCUAUCCUGAACGCCUAGCUGGUAUCAGCGUAGGAGCCCCGGGAAGGGUAACCGCGUUGGAUUUUUCGAAAAAUUGGCCGAAAGGUGUAGCCAACACGAAAAUGUUGUUCGGUCGGGAAGUGGUUCCUGGAAACAUCUGCAAAGUUCCGAUUCAGCUGGUAGUUGGCUCGGAGGACAAUAAAAUGCACGGGGGCGAAGCAUUCUGGAGUUGGCUAGAGAAUUUCCAAAAGGAGAGAAGAAAGCAGAAAUCAAAAACUACAGAGCUUUCGCGCAUGGAGCUUGGACGAUUGCAGACUCUGGAAGAGCUUCACAGAUCAUGGAAAGCCGAUGGAAUUGACAGCCAACUGGACAUAAUUCCAGGUAUCGCACAUGAAGCAGGAAAGGCGCGCUCUUAUGCGGCCUUGACAGCACGUGCAGGUUCUACAGAUGAUGGAGCUUCAAAUAUCCAACAGGAAACCUCGGUCGUCGAGAAAAUGACCUCAGAGUUACCUACUCCCAGGGAAGUAGAAGGUUUUCGCCUUGACGAAGCUGCAAUUCUAGCACUUUUUGAACACUUCGCCGCUCACUAUCUGCAUCAUCUUCCGAUUCUUGACCUGACGAAGUCAAUCGACCAGAUAUGGAGCGACAAUCAGCUACUAUUUUGGACAAUUGUCAUAACAUCAGCCAACAAGCACCCCCAUCAUUCGAGCUACUUUGGACCUCUUCAGGUGCCAUUCAAAAGACUUCUCUCGGAGUAUCUAGUCGGCUCUAUUCGCUGCAUAUAUACAGUCCAGGCUAUGUUAAUUUUAAGUCUUUGGCCAUUCCCGGUCGCCAAGCAGCAGGAUGACCCAAGUUGGGAGUACAUCGGAAUGGCUAUUGCAGCAAAUUUGAAACUGACAUCGGUUGACUCGCAAACGAACUGGCCCGGGUCAAAUCCCUUGUUAAUCGACGAGAGUUUGCGACAAAAGACGUGGCUGGGCUGUUUUGCAGUGAGCACCGAAAUUUCUGCUGCUCUUUCUCUACUGCCUCCUAUGGGUAUGGUAUCACAUAUUAUGCCCAAAAUCAGACAUGCAGUUCAAUCUAGCUUGCCUAGGGAAUAUAUGGCCCUUCUCGAUAUCCAGGAGUAUGCAAAUCGGGCAGCCACGCUGCUUAACAAGCCGUCCGCGAAGCCAGCCCAGAGAUCGUUAAUUGAGCUCCUGGAAAGGGAUCUAGCUUCAAUAGAAGCUCGCAUACUAGAUGAAAACCACGCGAAGAUUCGGAUUGGAUGUCUUGCAGCUCGCAUUCGUUUGUAUGCUUUGCCAAUGCUCUCCCAAUCAUCAUCAUCGGACGCGCAAAAGCGAACAAGCAGCAGCAUGUCAAAGGCUCUCCGGUAUAUGGGAUUCCACGCGGCAAUUGAAAUUGCGAACAUUUUUAGCUACUCAAUAAAUGUGAGUACAGAAACGUCGACAACCUUUACCGAACAGACUAUCGAUGCCUUCUUUCCGAAGUAUUACUUCCAAAUAUUGGUUAUGGCCGGCAUGUAUUUGAUCAAUGUUUUGGCUAUUGAUAUCGAGAUAUCGGCGGAAGACAAAAGUCUGGCGCGGAAUCACAUCAAGAAGGUCUAUGAAACACUUUUGCGCUGGUCGCGGGAACCGAGAGACGAGGCAGCACGCGUUGCGAGAGUUAUUGACCUGCUCUCUCGCCACGUCCAAGCACCCGAUCUGUCAUCGGAGCUACAGCCAACCACCCAUGUAACGCCUCCAACGAGCAUGAUCACCAAUGGAAUGUGGAUGGCCGGUCGAUUACGUAGCAAGCUUUUCUCGUCCUUUUCGCAGCCUGUUGAACCAACUCCCGCUUGGGCACCCGAGCCGUUCGAGUUUCCGACUGGCCUUGAACCAAACAUGUUUGAGGAUGAUUUGUUAGAAUGGAAUACCUGGCUGCACUUCAGCUGCGCGUUCGAAGUUUGCGACCACAUGCCGUCAAACCUGGACCAGAUGGCAAUCCGUGAGCCAUUAUGCCACAUUAUCACCCCGAUCGGCAUGCUGGGUUACGGCUUCAGCACCCCAGAUCUGGAGAAGGGUCUUGAAAUUGCUUUACAAUCUGGCUCUCCGACCGCGAUUAUUCUUGAUUCUGGGUCGACUGAUUCAGGUCCUGCAAAGUUGGCCUUGGGGUCAAUGACCUGUCCUCGCUCAGCAUACGAGCGAGACCUGCGGGAUUUGAUUUGCGCUGUUAAGAAAUACCGCGUCCCGCUGCUGAUCAGCUCUGCUGGUGGAGAUGGAAGUGACGCGCAUGUCAAAGAGUUUCUAGAUAUUAUCCGGGAGACUCUGGAGGCGCUCGAUCAAGAAUCUCUGAAAACACUCGCAAUCUACAGCGGAGCCCGCCAUAAACUCCUCCUCGAAAAGUUGUCUGCCGGAAAGGUCACUGGAUGCGGGCCGUGUGUCCCCGAAUUGACUAAACAAGACAUCAAGCAAUCUCCCUGCAUCGUCGGACAGAUUGGCCCCGAGGCCUUUGUGCAAGCCAUGAAUGCCCAUUCUGACUUCGACAUCCUCAUCGCCGGGAGAGCAUACGACCCGAGCCCCUAUGUCGCAUUCUGCGCCUUCCAUGCACUCCGCGAGUCGACCGGCAAUUUUCCCAGUCUGAAAUCAACAACACUUGGUGGAUUUACACACAUGGGAAAGCUCAUGGAAUGUGGGGGAUCAUGCGCUACUCCCAAAAGUUCGAGCUCAAUGGCCACUGUCUACUCUGAUGGAUCCUUUGAUAUUAGACCGUUGGCUGCGGAGUCACGAUGUACAUCGACCAGUGUGGCUGCGCAUGCCUUAUACGAGAAGUCUCGACCGGAUAUACUGCAUGGACCUGGGGGAUAUCUUGAUCUCAACACCGCCACAUACACACCGCUCUCUGAUGGUAUCAGUGUGAGAACUUACGGCUCCAUAUUUGUCUCGUCUCGCAGCCAAGGCCUGCCUUACACAAUCAAAUUCGAAGCGGCGAAGGUAAUUGGUUACAGAAGCAUUUUCAUGGGGUCUUUCUGCGACCCCCUUCUCAUCCAGCAGCUGCCAUCGCUGCUUGCCCGUACAAAGGCCUAUGUCAAACAAAAGCAUGCACAUACUCGGGAAAUGUGGGAGCUUGAAUUCCACGUGUAUGGAUUUUCCCUCGACAGGAAGGAAAGGACCUCCACAGGAGAUGUGUUCAUUGUUGGAGAGGCACUUGCUGAGACACAAGCUAUAGCAAAUAGCGUUACAUCAUCCGCCCGCGUCGCAUGUGUUCAUGCACCGUACGAAGGCCAGAAGGCAAACAGCGGAAAUUUUGGUAUGGGGAUAGGUGGCAAGCUGGAGUUUGAGAUGGGGGCUUGCGCCCAGUUCUCAAUAUAUCACUUGGUAGAGAUGGAGGAAGGCGAGGAAGAGGCGACGGAGAUUAUCCAGGAUACCAAUGGCCAGCGAGAUCAGGGGAUCUCUUUGAAUAGUCUCACACGAUGGGAAACUCUUCUUUUAGGGAGUGGUCCCCGCAUCGAUCGUCAAAAGCUUCACUGCUCAACAAAUCGCGGCGAUUACGGUGCAACCCACAUCAAACAUAACACCGAUCUUCCAAAUCCCAAGCUACCUAUGCAGCUAGCAGGCACAAUUACUCUUGGCGCGAUUGCCAAAGUGAUUCGAUCCAAGAAUGCCGGACCGUUUGAGAUUACUCUAGACGUGAUGUUCGAUAAUGUGGCGGUCUAUGAGCAAAUCAAAGAGUACGGGGUUCUCACACCAGCGAAGAUUGCAGAGCUCUACAAUAUUCCAGUUGAUAAGAUUGUGUGGUGUGGCUUCUUCGAUCAGGCGCUUGCAUUCAAAGCGACCAUUCCCAGAUGCCGAAACGCGAAGCUGAAUGCUUCAGGGGGAUUCAUGGAGAACGAUGUGCAUGGAUCUCAGAAAUAUCUGCCUUUGUUUAAUAUCACAAUCACCCUGCGAAACUCAGCUUAA